AUGAAGAGGAAGCAGCAUCCAUAUUCUGUAUAUUCAGCUCCAAUCGAGGUUCGUUAUGCAGCUCGUGUCAUGGGACGCGACCGCGAUCCAUAUGUAUCAUUCGAAACACUUCUCCAGCACUUUGGACUUUUAGAAAAUGGCCUCGCGCAACUACGUUCCUCGACCUUAUACAAAGGGUACAAAGCCAAGCUUGCUGCUCAUGAGACUGCCCGCCAGCGCCUGGUGGUGACCGCGUGGGAAAUUGAGGAGUCAGAGUGCUUCACUGCAUUCCUUGAUGCCCUGCAUGAUGAGAACAAAGAACGACUUGGAUUUGCGGAUAGGGAGUUGCAGAGUUUUAGGAGCAUUUUUUCUGACCGUGGCUGCAAGGAGGUUGAGGACGAUAAAGAUUAUCUUCAAGCCAUCUAUGAAGAUGAAUGCGAAAUUCCGAUGAAGAAGAGUGUCUCGGGGCACCAGUGGGGGGCGAGGCGCCCCAUGAUGCGAACUAGAUCGGUGGCUAUUCAGGCCCUUCCAAUUGUGUACCCCUUCAUCUCACCCUUCUUCAGCGUCUUAUCAUUGCUUCUUGAUGACAUAUCUCUUGUUCAAGUAUGGUUUGUAGUAGAAUAUUAUGCGGAUAUUUAUCUGUACCCUCCACCCUUACUGCACCCUCAAUUACCCCAGUCCUGCCAGCGCAUGCCUGCGAAACGAGCCAGAGGUAAAACUACGAUAUCAAAACCCACUCGCGGGUCCGGUCUGAACCCUUCCCACGUCCCAGCGGACAGUCAAAUGCACCUCAGCGACGAACAACCCCAUGAGCCGAUGCCCAAUGCUUUCAAUCCGCAUGAAGGGCUCAAUUCAUACGCACAGGCUGGUUAUGCGCCCUUCACCCCUGCUCACGACGUCAUCGACACUCACGCUGGACCAUCAAACGCUUACGCCGGUCCAUCAAGCGCGCAGGCUGGUUAUGCGCCCUUCACCCCUGCUCACGACGUCAUCGACACUUACGCUGGACCAUCAAACACUUAUGAAGACUAUGACUUGUAUAGUUCGAGGCACCUCAACAAUCUGUCCCACUUCAACAGUAUGCAGGCACCUAAUCCGCACCAUAUACAACUUCCGCAAUCGUUUGACGACGAGGAUGAGCCGACGGAGCCUCAACGUCGUCCUCUCCCCAUCACGACGGGUGAAAUAUCACAAUCGCAUGUCAUACAUACAGCAGGACCCGCUCGCUCAUCUAACACGCGACGACGUACCCGAAAGCUACCUGCAACGCCGUACAUUGCUCAUGAGACCGUUGUCUCCGCGACAAUGCAGGCAGCUGCAGGCCUUGCAGAAGCACCGGACAGCAACCGCCGUUUCCAGCUUACAGGACCAAUGCGCGAGCAGAUCUUCAAUUGCUCGAAGGAACUUGUGGUAGGUAUCGUGUUUAUGGAAGACGCGAUGGCUUCAUCUCCUGCCGACAAAGAACGAAUCGUUAAGUCUGUGAUUCGAAACGCGAUGCCUAAGAUUCCCGGCCUUCGUGGAACCCCCCGCUGGGACAACCAAAAGAAGGAUCUCACAAAGAUCUGGCGCGCGGUACUCAUUAUGCGCACGGAGCUCACAACGCUUACUCGAGAAGGCGUUGUACUCGCCUACAAACUCUUUCCUCCGCAGGGUAGCUUGAUUUCCCCCGAAGCCUUUCGUAUUGAGCGUGUGAGACAUCUCAUUCAAGAGAACAAAUUUAUGCACGAAUAUUCGUUCAAUGCGGAUGGGACGCUAAAGAUCCAUUCAAAAUUCAAAAAUCCGUUCAUCCUACACCUAGUCACGAGAUUGGUAUGGAACAUGCGCUUCCGACUGGACACUUUACUCAUCUCGCCAUGCAGGGAGUUACACUACGUGAUGGGGGCAGCCGGCACAUUCACAAAAUGUAUACUGUUGGAACAGGGACACGCGACACUUACUGCAUCUAAGGUAUCAUCGGACUCAAAUUCUUCUACCUUUCAGAUGCUCUGCUCGGACAUGGACAGUCUUACGGACGAGGAGAAAGCUGAGUUGGACGGGUGGAAAGACCAUAUGGUCAUUUGCGGGAUUUCGCAACAGCGCGUCGGGAAUGAGCUGUCAGAUUUCGACUUGAGCCCCGCAGACUUAGAGCGUGACUCGGACGCCGAUGCGUGA